AUGGCGGGUCCUGUGCCAGGCCCAUCUCGUCUCGGUUGCAUUCGACGUAUCAAACUAUGUCCGCGUCGCUUGGUAUCAUGCUUCGAGCUGAACAAGACAUGGAGCGGAAGAUCAUGGCCCUCGUUGGCCCCGAUUCGUCGACUUCGUUCGUGCGACGUUACGCGGCUCGUUGAUGAUUACAUCUUGAACACAGAUGGAAGCAUCAAAGCUGUGGUAUGUGUCGACAUUGAUUACAAGCAGUCUCAAAGGGCCACCUUAUCGACUUGGCGGCCAGAGUACGUCAAAGACGAUGGCAAGGAAUAUUUCCAAACAACAGCUGAUGUGGACGCGCAAGCUUUCCGGACAGAUGAUGGACUUCCAGUUGAGGACACUACGCUUCGGCUGAGCCUUCGGGAUUUCGCGACCGAUACAUUGCUAGAGAAAUACGCUGACCUCGACCAGGAGGUCGUUAUUACAGCACAACAACUAUGUGCCUUUCUUCAGGUUGCAGAAGCGAGGCAAUCGGCGCAGAUACAUCACAAAGGCUCGGUCAACACCAUUCGGCCGGGCGUACUAAAACGCCGGCGACGUGCCACUCCGUCCGACGCCACUGGCUCGGAUGACGAGCCAACAUCCGAAAGGGAGACGAAGCGCGGGCGCGCGCGAAGCGAUAGUGACUAUCACCCCAGUUCGCUAUCUGAGGAGUCCACGGUUUAG